AUGAGCGAAGAAGCUGACACAAAUGUUUCGAAGUUAAUCAAUGGUUCUGGUAACAACAGCUUGAGUAGCAGUAGUACUGUAUUAUGCUCGGGGUUACACAAUCAUAUGGGUUACGCUGAUCAAUGCGAGUUCUUAAGCGCAAACCCAAUUUGUUCCCCUGAUGGAUUCUUUGAUUACCUUAGCUUCUUUUACUGCUCCUGCAGAGAUUUCAGGAUCUUGGGUUACAUGAUGUUGGGUGUUUGGCUUGUUGCAUUGUUUUAUCUGUUGGGUAAUACUGCUGCAGAUUACUUUUGUUGUUCGUUAGAGAAGCUCUCAAAGCUUUUGAGGCUACCUCCAACUGUUGCUGGUGUUACUUUGCUUCCACUUGGGAAUGGAGCACCAGAUGUGUUUUCGAGUAUAGCUGCCUUUGUUGGUACAGAUAAAGGAGAAGUGGGUCUUAACAGCGUCUUGGGUGGUGCGGUAUUUGUUACUUCGGUUGUUGUUGGGAUUGUUUCGCUCUGUGUUGCGGAUAAAGAAGUCAAGAUCGAUAAGGAAUGUUUCAUCAGAGACUUGAGUUUCUUCCUUUUCACGCUUGUGUCCUUGCUGGUGAUUUUGAUGGUCGGUAAAGUGACAGUAGGUAUUGCCAUCGCGUUUGUCUCGAUAUAUGUGGUUUAUGCGUUCCUCGUGGCAGCGAAUGUGAUUCUGAGAAAACAUGCUAAGCGGUUUAAACUAGACGCUAUUACUCCUUUGCUACCUAGGCAAGGAAGUGUUUUUUCCCCGAGUGUUGAAGAGGAUAUUCCAAUGAAUAGCCCCUUGAUCGAAAGUGACACUGAGGAUGGUCCACCUCGCCUACAAAACUCUCUUCCUCAGUGGAUGUGGGCUUCCAAUGUGGCCAUCUAUUCAAACCAUUUCGCGAAAGUUAGUGUACAAGAUGAAGACAGGCCACCUUGGGGAUGGCUUGAUGACAGUGAAGAAGUUGAGAGCUCCUUAUGUACUAAAUUCACUUCCUUGUUGGAAAUUCCAUUGACGAUUCCAAGGAGGUUAACGAUUCCAUCGGUCGAGGAAGAUACUUGGUCAAAGACAUAUGCUGUGGCCAGCGUUUCAUUAGCGCCAGUCCUUUUGGCAUCUAUCUGGAGUAGCCAAGACGAUGUGAGUCCUCAAGCUUGUGGUGUGGCUUACUUUAUCGGCAUUGCUAUGGGCUCUACUUUUGGUUUUCUUGCUUACAAAAACACAGAACCCGAUCACCCACCUCGAAGAUUCUUGAUUCCUUGGGUUCUUGGUGGGUUUAUCAUGAGCAUUGUAUGGUUCUACAUGAUUGCAAACGAACUAGUUGCUCUUCUGGUGACAUUUGGUGAGAUCUACGGAAUCAACCCGUCGAUACUUGCGCUAACGGUACUAGCUUGGGGAAACUCAAUGGGUGACUUAGUGUCAAACAUCGCAUUGUCGAUGAACGGUGGGGAUGGUGUACAAAUCGCUUUAUCUGGAUGCUAUGCAGGUCCAAUGUUCAACACACUCGUCGGGCUAGGUAUGUCAAUGCUUCUCGGCGCAUGGUCCAAGAGUCCAGACACAUACAUGCUACCACAAGACAAAAGCCUGUUCUACACUCUUGGGUUUCUAGUACUCGGUUUGGUUUGGGCUAUGGUGAUGCUCCCGCGCAACGAAAUGCAACCUAACAAAACCUUAGGUAUUGGACUCAUUGCUCUAUACUUGAUAUUCGUCACUUUCAGGCUCAGUUGCGCCAUGGGAUUCAUACCAUGGGCUGCUUAA